UUUUUUACCUCAAAAUUUAAAGAAAUUUUGUGAAAAUGUCUGAAACAAGUGAAAUGCAAAAAGAUGAAGUUGAAGCUUUAAUAUCAAUUUAUGAAGGGGAUCAAAAUUUUAAACAGUUAAAUACAACAACAUUUCAAUAUAAAUAUGGUGAGGACGAUGACAACAAAUCAUUUUUAGUUGAAAUUCAAUGGGUUGAAAAUUACCCGAACGAGCUGCCAAAUAUUAACAUGGAUACGUUUUUCAACCGGAAUUUAAUUCCUGAAGUCAAAGAAAAAAUUAAAUCAGUUCUUAUAGAAGAAGCGAAUCAAUGGAUUGGUUGUGGAAUGACGUAUACUCUUUUUGAAUGUCUGAAAGAUAGAAUUGAUGAACUGGUUGAAAACCAGCCUGAUACGCAAAUUUCAAACACUGCUGUUGAUUUAUCCUCUAAUGUAGAAACUCUAAAAUUGACUGAAUCAGAUUCUCUACAAAAAAAUACAAAAAAAGAACAAUUAACCAAAUCUCAAAAACGCAGACAAUGGGAAAAGACAGACCAUAAAGGAGAACGUCCUAGAGGUUGGGAUUGGGUAGAUAUCAUCAAGCAUUUGUCUCAAACUGGCCACAAGGAGAAACAUCUAGGGAAUGUAGAAGAAAUCCUCUCUAAUCCGAACGCUUAGGAAUAUUUUUUUGUAAUUUAUUGAACACAUAUAUAGUAUACAUUAUUUUGUAUAUAGAUAAAAAGAAAUAGCAAAGUA